AGUUCCAAGAUUUUUUUCUCUUUUUCCCGUUAGAACUCUCUCCUCUUAUCCUCCUAAACUUCAUCAAAACUAUCUUCAAAGUUAUCUCCAAACUUCAAAUGAUAUUUGCAGGACCAAACUCCUGCAUUCAAAUCAGGUUCAACUGGUGAAUCAAAGUUUUCAACCAUGGCAUUUUCUCCAACUCCCAUCUCUUCUUUCUCCUUCGCCAACCCAACACUGCCCAAAAGGAUUUCUUCAGUACCUUCUGCAGUAAACUCAAAAGGUGUAGCCAAAGAUCUCAUCUUUAACCACGACGGUUCUGCCACAAAGAAGCUUCUGGCAGGCGUGGACAUGGUGGCAGAGCUGGUUGGGGUUACGUUGGGCCCAAAGGGAAGGAAUGUGGUGCUGCAGAAUAAGUAUGGACCUCCCAAGAUUGUCAAUGACGGUGAAACUGUCCUCAAACAGAUUGAGUUGGAGGACCCUGUGGAGAAUGUUGGAGUGAAAUUGGUGAGGCAAGCUGGUGCAAAAACAAAUGAUCUGGCUGGAGAUGGUUCCACUACAGCUGUAAUUCUUGCUCAUGGCUUAAUCACUGAAGGUGUGAAGGUUACUGCAGCUGGCUUGAACCCCAUUCAAAUUGCUCGUGGCAUUGAGAAAACUGCGGCGGCGCUCGUUUCUGAACUCAAAUUGAUGUCCAGAGAGAUUGAGGAUCAUGAGCUUGCACAUGUUGCUGCAGUUAGUGCAGGCAAUGAUUUUGCAGUGGGGAAUAUGAUUUAUGAUGCUCUUCUUCAAGUAGGAAAGAAGGGUGUGGUUACUAUUGAACAAGGGAAAUGUACAGAGAACAAUCUACAAAUUGUGGAAGGAAUGCAGUUUGAUCGUGGAUACUUAUCCCCUUACUUUGUCACUGAUAGAAGAAGAAGGAUAGUGGAGUUUCAAAACUGUAAGUUACUUUUGGACCACAAGAAAAUUACAAACCCGAAGGAGAUGUUUAAAUUAUUGGACAAUGCAGUGCAAGAAAAGUAUCCAAUGGUGAUAGUUGCAGAGGGCAUUGAGCAGGAAGCUCUAGCUCCAGUAAUUAGAAACAAACUCAGAGGUGUGCUGAAAGCAGCUGCUAUUAAAGCUCCUGCCUUUGGUGAGCGCAAAAGCCACUACUUAGAUGACAUUGCCAUCUUGACUGGAGGAACCGUAGUAAGAGAUGAGAUGGGGAUUAUCCUAGAAGAUGCUAACAAAGAGGUUUUGGGUACUGCUACUAAAGUUGUGAUAACUAAGGAUUCUACAUUGAUAGUUACCGAUGGUAGCACUCGACAAGCUGUUGAAAAGAGGGUUUCUCAGAUACGAAAGCUUGUUGAGAACACUGAAGAAGAAUUUCAAAAGAAGAUAUUAAAUGAAAGAAUAGCAAGAUUAUCAGGGGGAAUUGCUAUUCUGCAGGUAGGAGCACAAACACAAGUUGAGUUAAAAGAUAAACAACUUAGAAUCGAAGAUGCUUUGAAUGCGACCAAGGCAGCAAUUGAGGAAGGUGUUGUAGUUGGUGGUGGCUGCAGUCUUUUGAGGCUCUCCAAAAAGGUGGAUGGUAUUAAAGAACUUUUGGAUAAUGAGGAACAGAAGAUCGGAGCAGAAAUCUUCAAGAGAGCUUUAAGCUAUCCUGUAAAACUGAUAGCAAAAAAUGCAGGUGUGAAUGGAAAUGUUGUGGUAGAGAAAGUCUCUGCAUGUUAAAUGCAUUAUCUUCUUAAAACUUAAUUUUAGACUUAAUGCACUUCACGCUUUAUGACCAGACCAGAUAUAUUUGAUCAAACAAACUCCUCUGUUGAGACUUGUUAAAUUUUGCAGAUUCUAUCUAACGAUAAUAUUGGGUAUGGAUAUAAUGCUGCGAAAGACUGUUACGAGGACCUAAUGAAAGCUGGGAUCAUGGAUCCAUCAAAGGUUGUUAGAUGUUGUUUGGAGCAUGCAGCAUCAGUCGCCAAAACUUUUCUGACAUCCGACGCUGUUGUAGUCGACAUUAAGGAAACACAACCCUUUCCUAGAAGAAUGCCACCAAAACUACCCAAUAUCCCAAGAAGAAUGCCACCAGAACUGCCCAAUAUUCCAAGAAGAAUGCCACCAGACCUGCCCAAUAUCCCAAGAAGGCCAACACCAAUGUCCAUGUCCAUGCCAAACUCAGGUGCUGGAUCAUUUGGCCUUUAGAUGGCAGAUGAUGACUGUACUGAUGCAGCCCACAAAACCCUGAUUUCAUCUAUCUGAGCAAAGUUUAAGGGGUCAUGAAAGAGCCAUGAAACAAGCUAGCUGUUCGUAAUUCAGCUCCUUCACAUCAGGUGGAUGGCUUCAAAAUUACAUCCAUGAGAAGUUUGCAUUGGGGCAAGAAUGCUACUACUCUGAAAGGCAAUGCAGCAAGAUAAGGUGGUUUGCCUAUUUUGUAAAUUUACAAGAAACAAAUGACUAGCUGUUAAUAGGAAAUGUUUUUUUUUUCCACAUUGUAUGUAAGUAAGACCAGAGGCGUCCUACGAUGUUCAUACAAGGUCCAGAACUAGAUUGUUUGCGGUACAAGAUUGACAUGUAAUAGGAAUUUCAUUCUUUGUCCACGAUCAAAUUUAUCAAAAUCUUCAUUGAUUUUAAGGUUGCA